UUUGGUCGAAAAGAGCUAGUUUUCAUGCUUAUAUACUAUUACUGACAGACACAAUAAAUUGUGAAAAAAGUAUUUUGAUACAUUGAUUUUUUGCAAAUAAUCACAUUACAAUGAAUGUAAAAAGAUUCUUUCGUCUGUUGGCAAGAGUCUUCACGUGUUCUUUCUCCAAAAAGGAGCGUAAUAUAAAUGAAGGCAUGGAGUGUUAUUUAAAUAAAGUUAGUAAUCAUGAAAUGAAAUCUGACACAAUGCAGAACGAGUAUUUAAAAACUAAAAUCACGGCGGAGUUAGAAGAUGUGACAAAAGAGAAAGUAGAUAUUGAAGAUAAUAAGCCUAAAAAUAUUCUUAAGGGAUGUGAUAAGUUAGAAGAAAAUGUUCAUGAACUGAAUAUGACAGAGCCUAAAAUAAUAGUUAUAGAAAGAGCAGCCUUCGUGGAAACUUGUAGCCUUAAAGAAGGUAUUAUAUGCUUCAUUGAAAAAAAAAAGAAAUUUUGUUAUCCACAAAAAGUGAAGUUUGUUGUGGAUGAUUCAGAGCCCAAAUUGGCCUAUGAAGUAGCAAUAAUUGGAGACCCUUAUAUCCAACGGUGA